AUGAAGUUGUACCUCGAGUCCGUCAGCGAAGGGAACCGAUCACUGGCCAUCCUUGGCCAACUGGACAGUGAGGUCUACGCCGUUGCCAGAGCGGCCAACAUCACUCCUUCGCUGACUACCGCGACAAUCUUCGAGCGUCUUCGGCGAGGGUUCGGUCGCUCUUCCAUGCCAUGGGUUGCUCGCGCAACACUGAGGGGACGCCGCCAGCAUUCUGGAGAGUCCGUGGUCGACUUCCAGCGACACUUACGUGUCCUGGCCAAGCAGGCAUACUCAGACGACUCUUUCGCUGCCCUGGAAGACAGGAUUCUCCAUAACUUCGUCGAUAGUGUUGCCAACCCAGACAUUCGACGCAAGUUCAUGCUGGAUCCACCCAAAACCCUCAAAGUGGCACUCGACAUCGCCCGCGAUGAAGAAGUGGUCUCCGCCGCGCUAUCCUCAACCCUUGGACCGGAGGACUCCUUCUGGACGCCACCGCCGCUCCUGCAUCGUCUCCGCCGCCCGGAUCAAACGAGGCUUGCAUCUAAACAAGCCUGUCCUCGCCAUAGGAGAUCCAGCUGUUCCCGAACUCUCAAUAUCGUCUUCUGUGGUUUACAAAUAAUUCUCCCCUUAGGAGCCCGUCUUUCUUUUUUACUGGGGACCAGAAGGGGCAUAGCAUAG